UGUAGUCUAUUGCGAAGCAGGAAGAUGACUGCACCGACUGUAUCAGUGCAAAAUGCAACCAGAGAAAGACUUAACAAAUACGACAGAUUGCGAGGCAGAGAAGUGAAUACUGGAGAAUUCUGGGAUGUGGUUGUUAUCACAGCUGCCGAUAAGAAUCAAGAGCUGGCAUACCAGCUCCAGAUAAAGGACAAACUCAGAAGAAAGGAACUUCCUCUUGGUCUGAAUUAUCUUGUUUUUGCUGAUCCUCCAGGAGCAAAAAUUGUCCUGGAAGCUCACAUUAAGUUUGAUAAGUGUGGUUUUACUGCCUUGGCUCAUCCUUCUUCAUUAGCAAUUGGCACUACUCAUGGAGUAUUUGUACUGGAGCCAACAACUGAAACAGCGCAGCUGGAGCUAGAGUACAGAACCUGCCACCGCUUCUUGCAUAAACCGAGUAUUGAGGAAAUGCAUACUUUUGGUGCAGUGUGCAAAACAAGUCAGAAUUUCCUAAAAUACUCCAGCAGAGAAAAUUACAGUAUUCUUAGGUCAGAUUCUGAAUUUGUUUACACAGAUAGUACAUAUUACUUUGAUCAACAGACUGCUAAAGUGUUGCUUGCACUUUUCAAUCAAAUGGGUGGAAUUCAUUGUGAAAUAGAUGCUUAUGGUGAUUUUCUGCAGGCCUUAGGGCCUGGAGCAUCAUCAGAGUAUACCAGGAACCUAGCAAAUGUCUCUAAAGAGGAACCACAGUUAGUUGCUAUAAGAGAAAAAAUAUUUUUCCUUCUAAAAGGGACACCACUCAAUAUAAUUGCUUUAAAUAACUCCAGAUUUUACCACAUAGGAACAACUCAGGAAUAUCUGUUUAAUUUUACUUCAAAUCCUGACCUAAGAGCAGAGCUAAAUUUGCUUUUUAAGGCUUUUUGUAUCAGUCUAUCUGCUGCUAAAGAGUCGGGUAAUGCUGUUUGCGUUAUUCAUAGUAUUAUAGAAUCUGGCUGUUCUGUUGCAUCAGGUACAGUAAUUGAGUACUCCAGACUUGGCCGUAAUGUUUCAGUGGGUAAUAACACUAUUAUUAGUGGAUGCUGGAUAAACCAUCAAGCUGUACUACCUCCCAACUGUUUCCUACAUUCUAUAUGUGUAAAAGUGGAUGGGAAAUCUGGGUUUGUAACAAUAGCAUUUAGUAUAGAUGAUAACUUAAAGAAAAGUGUAGAUUGUACAUCUAAAAUCAACUUGCUUCAGUUUUUUGGGGUGCCUCUUACAAACUGUCUGGAGAAAUGGGGACUGUCUGAUUCCAAAUGCUUCUCAGAAGACACAAAAUGCAUGAGUCUGUGGAAUGCACACCUCUUUCCUCUUUGCACCUCUUUGCCUGAUUCAGUUAUGGCUACCCUAAAGAUGGUAAAUGCUCUGCAAAAUUCAAAGACUUUUCAGCUAGCUGAAGAAGACAAACUUCUGUCUGUAGAAGAAUCCAUUUUUCUCAAGGAUGUGGUGACUAUGUUAAAAUUCAGAGAAGAACUAUGUGAAGAAAUCGGUAUGCAGCUGCAGAAAUUAACAUAUUUAUAAUUGCUGGUGUUUUCACUUCUUAAGUAUUCCAGUUUGAAAAGUAGAUGCUUAUAUAAAUUUGAAGGUUCAGCACAUCAGAACUUAACAAAAUCUUCUUGAAACUUCAUGUAAAAUUGAAAAGUCAAAGAUUUGCUUUACUUAUUAUUUGUAAUGGUGGAUGCACAUUACCUUUCAAGAUGAAUGAUAUUCUUACCUUUGUACUGUAAAAAUGUGUUUCAGAUGUAUAUUUCUUAAAAAGAAAUAAUGUAUGAAUCCCUUAGUUAUAUGCAGAUCUCGAGCAGACAAUCAGCCUUUUGAUGAUCUGAACUAAAUGAUCACAAAUGGGGUUAUAUCACUGUCUUCAGUAUUGCAUAUUGCAAUAAAAAAAAUCAGUAAUUCCUUAAAA